CCUUGGUUUUGUGCUUAAGUGGUGGUCUAGUCUCCUCUGAAAUUGGGUUGAAUUGUAGAUACGUUUCUCUUUGUUGUUCACUUGUCUGUGGGCGUGUUGUUGGCUGCUAACAGCUAAACUCCUGCACAGUGUUUUCACCAUAAACAUGACAGGAAUGUGAUGCUAAUGCUAGCUGGCUAACCUAGCUACCGACUACUUUUGCAAAGACGAAACGCGCACGACUCAAGUUUCACAAUUAUGUCGGACAACUAGAGACAUAUUUAAAUAAUAUAUCCAACUGGGGUACAAUGUCUAUGCAAGGUAAAUAAUAGAGUAUUUUAGGAGGACAAACCUUCUGAAACUGUUGCUCACUGCUUGCGGCACCGGAAGUAGUAUUUUGCACUGUCAUCUCGCGAGAAUUCCGUUACGGAAGCAUCGACACUACUACAAUUCAUUCAGGAGUCUUCUGAAGGUGAUGGUGUGAUCUCUCUGCAGCCAUGAGUUCUCUGUUUUCUUGUGAGGAACCAAACACAUGGAGGACAGUGUUUGGCAAAUACUGGGAUGUAGUGGAGGCCAAAUCCAAAAGCAAGAAACCUGGAAAGCUGCUGGACCUCGAAAAGUGGUACCAAGAGGAGCUGCCGACACUCAUUUCAAGUCGCCCUGACAAACAUGUCACUCAGUCGGAGCUGGUGAGACUGAUGGAGUGGAAGCUCACUAGAGGGAAGUUCAGGCCGAGGCUGCAGCAGCUGGUGGCGUCCAACAGUGAGGACACCGUGGAGAGGAGCUCCAGAAAGGCCUUCAGCCUCCUGCCUGACGUGAAGGCAGCCAUCGCAGAGCUCAGCUCCCUGAAAGGAGUCGGCCCAGCCACUGCCUCAGCUGUGUUGUCGGCAGGAGCUCCAGAACAGGCUGCGUUCAUGUCAGAUGAAGCCAUGGAGAGCGUGCCGGGCCUGAAGCCCAUCCAAUACACAGCCAAGCACUACGCUCUGUACCUGGGCAAAAUGGUCCAGUGUACUGAGAAACUAAACAAAGCGGACCCCCUGCAGGACUGGACCCCCCACAGGGUGGAGAUAUGUCUGUGGGCGCAGGCUACAGCCAAACAGCAGCAGAUCCCCCUCCUGGAGGAGGAAGAAGUGACGACGAGAGUGAAGAAGAACCGCUCAGAACCCGACGCUGACCAGAGACCAGGGAAGAGGCUCAGAACAAAAUGAACACUUCUACAUUGAACUUUCUUUUGUUUCUGUUUUCAAAUUAAUAAAGGCUUUAUAU